AUGUCGACCGAUAGUGAUGGCUCCAUGUCGUCUACAUGUUUCUCCUUAAAGCCUACAGACGAAGAGCUCGCGUGGCUACAUCGUUGUCUGCCUAUCUUUGUACAGCCAGACGUGGAUAUCAAGAACCACAACGACCUGAUCAAGGUUUUCUUUCGCUUCAUGCAUGAUGAUCAGUCCGAUCACCUCGUGUGUAAACUCUGCAUUGUCUUUGCAGGUGAAUCCAGCUACAAUCGUGUAUAUGAAGAGAUUGAGAACACACUAGCUACACUGUGCUACCGCACCUAUAAUCGACGGACGUACAAGCGCACGGCCGACAUCAAUUACAUGGAGUUUCGAAACGUCGACUUGAAUCCCAAUGCUGCUGUGCCCUGGGCCACCAUCUUCUCACAGGACUAUGGCGGUAAACAGCAGUGGGCACAGGGAGAGAAGAAGAACAUUGGCAAGUGGUUUUCUCUGAUGCAUCACUAUAGCGCAGAGAUUUCAAUCGUAGAUUGGGAACUGCAUCCACAGACCUACCGCCCAUACAUCUACCUCAAUACUUGCAACCACAUGAUUGGCGAGAAGGACAACAAUCCAAAGCUUAGCAAGUUCAAGUGGAUUGACUACCCGUUCCAACAGGGCAAUGGCGAAGAUGCACUUAAAUACGCAGUGGAUCAUGUGCCUACUAAGCGCAAUCUCUAUUCAUAUGUUUUCUUUUGGCGAGCACGCAAUGGCGGUGGCUGGUGUGAUCGUCACCAAGGAGGGAAAUUGGUCUCACACGAUGGCAAGUCCAUCUUCUUGAAGUCUCCACCGACGACCACUACAGGUAUGUAG